AUGGAUGAUCCUAGCCUCUACCGUAAACUCAUAGGGAAGCUCUUCUAUCUCACUAACACUAGACCGGACUUAUGUUUUACUAUUAAUCUCUUAAGUCAGUUUAUGCAAAAGCCCACUAACUUUAACUAUCAAGCUUUGCAGCAUGUUCUCAGGUAUAUCAAGUCAAGUCCCUCUGAAGGACUUUUCUUCCCUGUUGAUUCUAGCAUUCAAAUAAAGGGUUUCAGUGACUCCGACUGGACCACUUGUCCUAAUACACGAAGGUCCACUACCGGGUACUGCGUUUUUCUAGGAACAUUUCUUGCUUCAUGGAGGUCGAAGAAACAGAGCACUGUUUCUAGGUCAUCCACAGAAGCAGAGUAUCGCGCCUUAACUGCUACUGUAUGUGAGAUGCAGUGGCUUCAUUACAUUCUUCAAGAUCUCCAUGUUCAACCCAAUGCGGAUUCCGUUCUCUACUGCGACAAUAACUCCGCAAGACAUAUCGCGCACAACCAGGGCUUCCAUGAACGCACUAAACACAUAGAGCUGGACUGUCAUGUGGUACGUGAAAAGAUCCAAGCCAAGUUCUUAUGUCUUUUGCCUAUUCAAUCGGAGGAACAACUCGCCGAUGUCUUCACCAUGUUCCCUCAUCGCACACGUUUCAGAUCUAUCAUCCCCAAGCUUGGAUUAGUGAACAUCCACCAUCCAGCUUGA